AUGCGCUCCGCCCCUCCGGAGCACCUCGCCUGCGCCGCGCUGCUCGCGGCGGCCGGCUGCGCGAUCGCCGCCGCCCGUCGGAGGACGGAGCGGCGAGAGCGGCAGGUGCGGCUCGUGCGGGCCUGCAGGGCGGCGGACGCCGGGGCGGUGGCGGUGCAGCUCCGUUCGGGCGCAGAUCCCAACGCCGAGGACACCCAGGGCUGCCUGCCGCUGGUGGCGGCGGCAUCGUGCGGCCGCCUGGACGCCGUUCGCGAGCUCCUCCGCGCGGGCGCCGACAUCAAUGCGCUCGACGCCGGCGGGGUGGGCUGCUGCGCCUUGUUUGCGGCCUGCAUGCGCGGCCACCUUCGCGUCGUGGAGGAGCUGUGCGCGCGCGGCGCGUCUCGCGACGCGCACAAGGCGGGCCAUUGGAGCGAUCUCGACCUGCAUCUGGCGGUGGAGGAGGAGCUGAGGGACCUCCGAGCGGCAGAGGAGGGGCAGCAGUCGCUGGCGUUCCAUCCAAGCACCGUGUCCGUCAGCGCGGUGCUGGAGUGGCUGCGCACGAACCCGGUGCCGCGUGGGCUCAAAUGA